AUUUAUACAUGCAUAGCCAGCCAUUUUUCCCACCGGCAAAACCAAUAUUAUCAACAAAUGAGCAGGAAAUAUGCGAGACUGUGUGGUGCCCGGCCGACUGUUUGUCUUCCAAUCCAUUCACUGUCUCUCUGGUCGAAACGCAAGUCUAGACGGCGUUCCGGUUCCGUCGAAGCUACUACUGAUCAUAACAGCACAAAGUUCUUGAACAAUAUUAGCAGCAGGAGGGAUGACGACUUGGGUAGUACUGCAGAAGGUGUGAAAAAUGGGAACAAGAUAAUGGUUGUUGUGGAUUCAAGCCUUGAAGCUAAGGGAGCUCUCGAAUGGGCACUAUCCCACACUGUCCAAUCCCAGGACACAAUUGUUCUUCUUCAUGUAGCUAAACCCUCCAAACAACAAGACUCAAAUGGGAGCACUAAUUUAAGGGAUUUUGAACUGCUUCGCUCGAUGAAAAAUGUGUGCCAAAGGAAAAGGCCUGGGGUGGAAGUGGAGGUAGCAAUGCUUGAAGGGAAAGAAAAGGGCCCAAUAAUAGUGGAAGAAGCAAAGAGACAAAGGGUGUCCCUACUUGUUCUUGGCCAAGAAAGAAAGAGGUCGACUUGGUGGCAGCUAAUCAAGAGGUGGACAAGGAGCAGAUCAUCGGGGGAGGUUUUUGUGGAAUACUGCAUUCAAAAUUCUGCAUGUAUGACGAUUGCUGUGAGGAGAAAGAGCAAGAAAUUGGGAGGUUACUUGAUCACCACUAAGCUUCACAAGAAUUUCUGGCUUCUAGCUUGAUUGAAAUGCGUGCAAAUUACAGUUUGACACAAUUUUUUUUUUUUUACUGAAAUUCAAGAAAAUAUUUUUGCAUACAUGUCAAAUUCCGAUUGGAAAUGAUUUCCGUACUCA